AUGGCUCCCAAAGCUGACAAAAAAGAGAAGGUUCCCUCUAGGCAAUGGUCAUGCUCAGAGCUGACUGAUGGUCAAUCGAAGCUAUUGGCUGUAAAGCGUGAAAGCUUAAGUCCAGAGGAGUUGCAGAAACAAAUCAAGGACUACGAAUGCCAGCUUGCAUCUUUGAAGAAGGGCCUCCAGGACUCUAUCAGUGCAUCAGAAGAUCAAAUCAGAGAAGCCAAGAAGACUUCAGCCAAAUCGAAAGCCAAACCCACAGUUGUGCCACCCACUUCGCUGAAGAAGUCAGGGGAGAAGCAUGUCCGGUCGCCCCAGAAACCGGAUCAGGUAUCUCCCAACCCUGGUGCCGCCAAGCGACUUAGAGGUAAACAGGAAAACCCAGACCAGUCCCAGCAGAUUGAAGAGCUUCAGGCCAACCGGCGCAUGAUGGAAGAGUUAGCAAAGCUGAAGAAAGAGCCGGCUGUUGACCGGGCUACGAAGAAGAAUGCUUUUAAGUAUCUCCAGAAUCACCUCCCCGCCCAAUGUCCUCCAGAGGUCCAGAUGCUACCCAAAGUGAGCCUGCAACGGAAGCAGCUCGCUUGGCACGUCUCCGACGUGUUUGUGAGAUCAAACCAUCAGGACAUGUUUGUGAGCCGCAUCACCAAGACCCUCGCCAAGACCAACAAGCUCUCCAGGCGAAAGAAACGUGGAUGGUACACCAAGGAAGCCAGGUCCUACAUCAAGUGCGUGAUCGAGUACUGCGAGAAGCCCAACAAUGUCCAGCGUAUGACCAAGAACCUUUUAUGCACCUGGAGGAAGGAUCGCUACAACAAGAAGUUGAAGAAGUACUUGGUGACUUACGAGGAAGGUGAUGAGGAGCUGUCCGAAGAUGAGGAACGUCAUGUGCGUGAAGAUGAGGAAGUUGCAGACGAGAUGGUGCAGCACACGCGGCUUGGGGCUGCCCGUGCUGAAUCUGAGUCUGAUGAGGAUGAUGAAAGUGAACAGGAGUCAAAGGCCAAACAGGUGAACACCUACCAAAAGGAGUAUGAGAAGUUUGCCCGAUUCACAGACAGCCUCCUUUCCAGAUCUUCGAAACUCACGGAACUUAUUUCUGGGUUGGAAGCGGCGUUUGCUGAAACUGGGAAAUCCGAUACCUGUUCGGAGGGCAUCCGAGUCAAGAAGUGCUUGGCCAAUCUCGAGGCAGCUAAUGAGAUCCUGGAGGAGCAGUACGAGGCGUGUGAGGUGGUGAAGUUGGACACCGUUGCCUUGAAGAAUGACAAGACCCUCUCUGACAUGGCCAAGCAAGAGCUUCAGAAGAAAAUCGAUGCCCAGAUCCGAACCACCACAUCGAAGUGCAGUAAAGUUACUACAUCGGAAGUUGCUGCCAAGAUCUUUGGCUGCAUCUGGUUGACAUGUCAGUCCAAGGGUCGUGGCCCGAACUUUGAUGAAGUGCUUCGCCACUGUGCUCGCCUGAUCGCCAAUGGCGCCCAUUGCAAGCAUUUGGUGGAGCUUGCGCAGGCAGAGGUAGCUGCCAACCCUCAAGCUAGUGAGACCAUGCGUGUUUUUGCACGCAUCCGCACAGCUGAUGCUGAAGUUGGUGUCCACAAGCUUUUUAGAGAAAAAGGGUAUUCAUGCCCGGUGCGUGUAGAUGAUGUAAAUCUUGGGCCUGGGAAACUUGAAAAGUUUCCAGUCAUCAAGAUUACCACUUGGUUCCAGCACCUGCUGGAUACCAACAGGUUGGCCCGUCAGUUGGUAGGUGUUAGCAGCAUAGCCAAGAUGAAACCAGUGCUCAAAGAGUUUUGGGAACGACAGCGGGCAAUCAGGCCCGACCAUGGGAUCUUUGAGCUUGCUGAGAAUGGAUCCCUGGUUCUGGAAUCCUGCAUUCCAUACUUCUCACACUCCGACGAAGGCAGAAGCUACAAGCAUAUGCCUCUUUUUGUUCUGUCAAGCCAUGGGGCUCUUGGAAGAGGCACAAACGCCUAUGUGAGAGCUAGAAAGCACCGAGCCCCUUUGCGUCGGAAUGGCAUGGGGAUGAACUUCUUGGGAAAGACCUGGUCAACCAACUUCAUCUUUGCAGCUGUCUUGAAGACGGUCUCCACGGCCUACCCAGAGUCCUUUGAUAAGCUGAUCACCGAGUAUGCUGCUGAUGCUCACCGGCUUUUGACUGAGGGCUUGUUUGCCCAGAAUGGUGAGCGCCUAUGGUUUAUCCAUUGGGGUACAAAAGGUGACCUGCCAGCUCUCCAGAAGCUCGGUGGCUUCAAGCGCAGCUUCAACAACGUUCCGAAGGCGGCUUCUUCGAAGAAAGCUUGCAAAGGAGUUUGUUUCCUUUGCAGUGCCGGUCAGGAGGCAGAUGCUUCGACUGGUGCCUCUGCCAUCCCCUUUGAGAAUGUUUCUCCUUCCGCAGAAUGGGUCGCAACAUGUUCGGUGGAGCCGGCUUGGGAGUUGCAGCCUUCAAUUUUAAAUGAUCUACCACUCAACACAAAGCAGCAGAUUGAGUUCUUCCGCACAGACUUGUGGCACAAUGCGCACCUUGGGCUUUUGAAACACUUCACUGCCAGUGCGUUUGUGUGCAUUGUGGAGAGUGACCUUGCCUGUUUGCCUCGAGGAUCUAUUGAAGUCAAGUUUUCCUGGCUGACGAUGAUCUACAGAGCUUACUUCAGGACACCGCCUUAUGUGUCGGAAAUUUCCAGGGACACGCUCAACUUCCCAGCCAGCACUGCCAAUCCUAUUGGAAAGUGGAGCAAAGGAGCAGCAUCAACGGAGAUGAUGCACUUUCUUGGCCAUUUUGGCAAAAACUACAUCCUGGGAAAGACCACUGAUCCUCUUCUCCUCGCCAUUGCUCCUCGUCUCUCCAUCAAAUAA